CAAACCGUUUUUCGUCCAGAGAAGAAAAGCGAUCUUUUCUAAAAUGAAGUUUGCCCUGUGCUUCUUGAGUCUAUUGGCCUGCAGCCUUGCGGCGCCAGCAGAGCAAGAAAGGGAAUUGUUGUUGGAUUUCGACUGGGCAAACCUCAAACCCCUCAACAUCUACCGUGUACCCGACGGUCCCGCCCCUCAGGGCAACGCCCCCGGAAGCCGCAUCAUCAACGGACAGAUCGCCACUCCCAACUCUAUUCCGUACAUCGUGGCUCUCAUCAUUAACGGCGGAAGUUUCUGCGGAGGUUCCCUCAUCUCCAACACCUGGGUACUAUCUGCUGCUCAUUGUACCGUCAGCGCUAACAGAAUUCAAGUUAUCCUCGGCGCUCACAACGUCAACUCCAACGAAGCCACCCAAGUAGUACGCAACGCCAACGCUGUGCGCAACCAUGCCUCCUACAACCAGUUCAAUUUGCACAACGACAUUUCGUUGAUCCAAAUUCCAUCUGUUAGCACCAGCAGCGUCGUCCAGAUCGUUCCUUUGGCUGCUUCAAACGCUCCCGCUUAUUCCGGCAGCACUGCCGUACUUGCUGGUUGGGGAAGGACCUCCGACUCCAGCAACGCUAUCUCACCAGUUCUUAGACGCAUCAACUUGAACGUUAUCUCCAACACGUUAUGCAGUAGCACCUGGUCCAACAUCCUGGCCCACCACAUCUGCACCUCAGGUGUCGGCAACGUAGGUGCCUGCAAUGGGGACUCUGGCGGCCCGUUGACUGUCAACGGUGUCCAGGUCGGCGUUGUGUCCUUCGGAAACAACGUUUGCUCCGCUGGAUUCCCUACCGCUUACGCAAGAGUAUCCGCUUUCAGGAGUUGGAUCCAACAAAACAGCGGCGUCUAAGGCGACGUAUUUGGGCUUGAGAAACUAAAUACAUUUUCAUGACGAAAUUGUAAAUUCUUCAAUAAAUAAUCUAUAGCACAAAAUAUGUUUCGAAAAUAAUCUGUACAUUGUGAUGUAAAACGUCUUGCGAGCAAUAAAAUAUUGUAAUAGUGGCAUAUCAGAACGC